UCUGAUUACAUAUAAUUACAUAUCAAUUAUUACUUGUAUUUUGUGGAAACCUUUUUCCUUGGGAAAUUCUUUUUUCUUUCCUUUUGAUGAGUGGGAGAUUUGUUUUUCUAUGAGUACAUAUAGGGAAAUUUGGGGAAAGGCUUGGGUGAAGAUUCAUUCAUUUAUUUACUUUUGGCUGGAGGGGCUGUGUAUAUCAUUACCAUUAUCUCUUCAGGAGAUCGGAUUCCCGGAAUAGGAUUACUUUCUUUUGAUUCCCUAUUCUGCACAGAUAGUACUGACAAUUUGUACAACUCUUUAUGCACUCGACAAGCUUCAAGUCUAAGACAAAACAAAGAAGAGAUAGAUAUCUUUCCAUCCACUUUUUCAACAAGCAGUUCAACAAACUCGUCAUUGUUUCUUCAAUCACUUCAGCCUCUUUGACAAGAACUUUAUUCUGGGGAGGGUGUAAAAAUACAUCAAUUCAACCAGUCAUAUCAAGGACAUCACAUCACGGACAUUGAACAACACAAAGUACUUGUAUAAACUUUUAUACAAGCAAGAAAUUCCUUUGAGUCAAAGCGUGCAAAGAAAUCAUAAAGUCAUUGAUAUCUACGCGUAGCUUGGAACUUGUUUGGAACUUUUAUAUCAUUUUAGAUACUCUCUUGAUUAUAUUCAUUUAUUGCUGGAUCAACAUUCACAUUUUACUUUGGGAGAUCACAAGGAUUUACAGAGAUUACUUUGAGGAUACGAGCAUAUUACAUUCGUAUUGCCUUUUAGCAACGUCAUUUACUUUACCUUUUCAAGUGGGCCCUUUCGAGUCCAGCUGGUUUGUUAGAUCAAUCUUGUACAUACUGUCACACGGAGAGCUACAUACAUACUUUACCUUUACCUCCACCACCACGCCCUCAACAAGGGCUGACACCACUACACACACACUCUCCCGUACAUUCAAUUCAGCAACCAAACACCAUGUACAUUCCAUAUCUCCUCCAUACCCCCGGUAGCCCAAGUCCCCUCCCGCAAACCAACCCCCUAAUCCCCCGCGACGAAUCCCCUCCAAGCUCCACCCACAAUGAGGGAUUCUGGGAAGUACAAUUUAAUUUCUGGGGAACGAUUCUCGCAUUUCUAGUAGCCAUAGGUAUUAUCACCGGAAUCCUCACUUGGUGUUUAGUAUGUCGAGGCAAGCGAAUGGAAAAGAAACUUGCGAGAGCGAAGGAAAAGGAAUUAGCGGAGGAAGAAAGGAGGAAGACGGAAAUGGUUGGAAGGGUUGUUGGAGCGGAUGGGGCGAGAGAGGGUGGGGUUUCCAGACCUUUGAAUGUGGGGACUGGUAGUUCUAGGAGUGGAAGUUUGGGUGAGAAGGAGCUGGAGGUUGAGAGGGGUGUCGGAAUGGGAAUGGGGACGGAUAUUCCGAUUUACAAUCCCAGGGACGUACUUGCGAAUAAGCGUGGAAGUACACAUACGACUAUUACGAGCGUGAGUGAAGGUAAUGGAUGGCAUAAAGUUGAAGUUAAUGGGAAGAUGUAUAUGGAUAGAGAAAGAACUGAAUCGACGUUUAUGGAGCGGGAGAUUAAAUUUGUUUAGUUUUGGGCAUGGAGUUAGGAUCUAUGGAUGGAGUAGUAGAUGUGGAUUUUGGAUUUGAAUUGAGGAUUGAACUUUACAUCUGACUGAGGAUGUAAACUGGGAUCGAACUGUAACUUCAACAAAGUGUGGAUCACUGGGUGAUUCAUAUCAUACCUUUGUAUCGAGCAGAGAACAAGAGUCAUAUGACCAACUUAGCAACGUAUCAUUUUUUUAGCGGGAGUCUUGGCGGGAGUCUCAACGGGGCUCUCGACGGAACUUUUAAUAGAUAUUUCCAGCCGAGCAG